AUGAGUUCGCGGGUAUGCAAGACUUGUGGCUGCUCAGACAUCGAUGUCGACCAGGCGCGCGGCAGUGCCGUGUGCAUGAACUGCGGCGCUGUCUUGGAGGACAACAUCAUCGUCUCCGAGGUACAGUUCGUGGAAAACAGCGGAGGUGGAUCGUCAGCCGUCGGGCAGUUUGUCUCAGCUGAUGGCCCAGUGAAGGCUCCUGUCCUGGGGAGUGGUUUCCACACCAGCCUGGGAAAGGAGUCCCGAGCUCAGACACUGCAGAACGGGAAACGGCAGAUACACAACCUGGGAAGCCAGCUGCAGCUGAACCAGCACUGCCUGGACACGGCCUUCAACUUCUUCAAGAUGGUGGUCAGCAAGCACCUGACGCGCGGACGCAAGAUGACCCACGUCAUCGCCGCCUGCCUCUACCUGGUCUGCCGCACUGAAGGCACGCCCCACAUGCUGCUGGACCUGAGUGACCUCCUACAGGUGAACGUGUACAUCCUGGGGAAGACCUUCCUCCUGCUGGCCCGGGAGCUGUGCAUCAACGCACCUGCAGUCGACCCCUGUUUGUACAUCCCUCGCUUCGCACACAUGCUGGAGUUUGGGGAGAAGACCCACGAGGUUUCCAUGACGGCGCUGCGACUGCUGCAGAGGAUGAAGCGCGAUUGGAUGCACACGGGACGCAGGCCGUCUGGGCUGUGUGGGGCAGCCCUCCUGGUUGCGGCACGCAUGCAUGAGUUCCGGCGCACGGUGAAGGAGGUCAUCUCCGUGGUGAAGGUCUGCGAGGCCACGCUGAGGAAGAGGCUGACUGAGUUCGAGGACACCCCAACCAGUCAGCUGACCAUAGAUGAGUUCAUGCGUGUGGACCUGGAGCAGGAGUGUGACCCCCCCUCCUUCACAGCCGGACAGCGCAAGAUCAGACUACAGCAGCUGGAGCAGGAGCUGGCGCAAAAACUCGAUGAGUAUCAAGGAGAGAUCACCUCGUACCGCGAUGAGAUCGAGAUGGAACUAGAGAACAGCAGGCCCAGGCCCCGAGGGAUGUACGCCGCAUACGCCAAGGAAGAAUCCUCAAUAGGGAAGCCGGAUGACGACAGCAUCUCACUGUCGCUGGGCGGUCUGAUGGGGGAGGAUGAGGAGGAGGACGAAGACGAGGAGAUGGAGGCGGCGGCCAAACACCUGGGCCAGGAAAUCAUCAGCCAGGUGCUGCCCGAGCUGGAGGGCGGGCCCUCGGUAACCACGACAACGGCGGCACAGGGUGGCGGCGGCGAUCAGAGCGAAGGUGCAGGCGGCAAGAGUGGGGAUGGUGAUGAGGGCACGGAGGGGGCCUACAAGCAGCCCCGUCUGCCCCUGAAGUCGCUGCUGGGACCCAUGCCCACCGCUGCCAGCCUGGGCCUCAUCAAGGACCCCGAUCACGAUCACGACGGAGAACACGAUGAUGUGUCCGAGAGUGGAACACUGGACCUGGAGGGCAUCGACGAGGACGAGAUAGAGAAGUACAUCCUGAAUGAGAAGGAGGUGAUGGCCAAGACGGAGCUCUGGAUGAAACAGAAUGAGGAGUACCUGCGGGAGCAGAAAGAAAAAGAAGAGAGGAUCGCAAAGGAGAAGGAACUGGGGAUAUAUAAAGAAAAGCCCAAGAAACCAUCCAAGAAGCGUGAGCCGAUCCGUGCCAGCACUGCGGAGGAGGCCAUCGAGAAGAUGUUGGAGAGGAAGAAGAUCUCCAGCAAGAUCAACUACGAUGUGUUGCGGGACCUCAACAGCAAAGGCAGCAUCGGCAGCCCCAGGUCACAGGCCUCCGAGGACGCCGCCUCCACCACCACCACGGCCGGCACCGGGCGCAAGAGGCUGACGCGCCGCAAGAAGCAGCCCAGCAAGAGCAACCUCGGCCUGGCCAAGCCAGCCAGCCUCAUGGGCAAGAGGCUUCGUCCCCUCAUAGCCUCCUCGCCCAAAAAGAGGAGAUCGUCAUCUGAGACCAUCGUCAGCCCGCUCCCGUCACCCCCUCCAGUCCUGCCAAGCGAAGCGCCCACGCAGCCCACUCUGCCACCUCUGCCCUCCCCGGCUUCGGUGCUGGAGACUGGGCCAGUGGCGUACGAUGACCCAGCGGAGGAGGAGGAGGAGGAGGAUGAAGCUGAGGAAGUGGAACCCUGCAUGAGUGCCAUCCAGCUGCUGGGAGGCAACGAGUAUGGAUGUGAUGCGGAAGAAGAGGAGGUUUUUUAGCAAACAUUUUACCUUUUUUUAUUCUGUAAUAUUGUAAAGCUUUUGUUAAGAAAAGAAAUGAAAAGAAAAAAAGAAAGAAAAGAAGAGAAGUUGCUGCAUCCUGCCACUAAGACUUGAGCUGUCUGCAUCGCCCGUCUUUGUUGUGGCGAGGCAAAAGGUCACUGUUGCUGCACCAUCAGACCCCAGGGAGGAGGGAGGCAGCCACCAAGGGAGUGUUGCUUUUCCCUUGCUGUGACCAAGCCACUAUGACUCCUGGAUUGGUCGAACAAAUGAGAUUUUGUGUGUGAGAGUACCGUGUGUGUGUGUGUGUGUGUGUGUG